AUGUAUGCCGAUAUGAUAUGUGAUGUAAUGCCACCAAUACCUGAAGAUGGUACUGGUGGUAGUAGUCAUGGUAUUAAUCAUGAUGAUAAUGAAUCAGAUAAUGGUGAUGAACCUCAAACAAAUAUUGAACAGUUGAUGGUAUCAAUGCUUGAAGAACGUGAUAAAUUACAAGAAAAAUUACAUGAAACAGAAGACAUAUUAAAUAAUUCACAACAAAAAUUAAUUGAUAUUGAAAAAGAACGUGAUAUUUUACUUCAUCAAUUAUCAUUAAAUACACCACAGAGUUAUGUCCAUAUAUUUAUAUUAAAUGCAUAUGGCCUUAACAAUUUAUAA